GUCUUGACAGUUAUCACGUACGGCAAAUUUUUUGUUUUUAUUUCUCUGAACCAUCAAUUCUGUGAUAAUAAAUGGCUAAAUUAGUAAAUUUAGUGGGAAAGACAGCUGUUGUCACUGGUUCCAGUGAAGGCAUCGGAUUUGCCAUCGCCAAGCGCCUUGGGCAACGAGGAGCGAACGUAGUCAUCAGUAGCAGAAAGGAAUCAAACAUCGAUCGUGCCGUAAAUGACCUCAAAUCCGAAGGAAUUCCCGUUUUAGGCGUCAAAUGUCAUGUCAAUCUCCCAAAACAUCGCACAAGACUACUGGAAAAGACCUUGGAACAUUUCGGUCAAGUGAAUAUUCUCGUUUCGAACGUCGCGAUCAACACAGAUUUCGGUCCCGUGCUUGAAUGUUCCGAGCAAAACUGGGAUCGCAUCUUUGAGACAAAUGUUAAAGCCAUGUGGCAGCUCACGAAGGAAUUUUAUCCGCAUUUGAAGAAGCAAAAAGGUUCAAAUAUCGUUUUAGUCUCAUCUGUAGCUGGUUACACGCCUCUAAGUGACGCCAUUGGAGCCUAUUCUGUCAGCAAAACAACGUUAUUUGGGCUGACGAAGGUUUUGAGUCAAGAUUUGGCCUCGGAAGGGAUCCGAGUUAAUUGUGUGGCGCCUGGAAUAGUCAAAACCAAGUUUUCUAAAGUCUUGUAUGAAAGUCCAGAGUCGAUGGAAAAGGCGAUGAAGAUGAUACCGAUGAAAAAAUUAGCAGAUCCCGAAGAUAUUUCCGGAACAGUCGUAUUUUUAGUGUCAGAUGACGCGAAAUAUAUUACGGGAGAAACGAUUUGCGUCACGGGAGGGAUGCAAUCAAGGCUUUAAAGCGUUAUUUAUUCGUUUAGACAAUAUAUUUAUUUGU